CUGGUGUGGAUUAUCCUUCAUCAAGCUCAAUCAUCCUCAAUAGCAUGACCCUCAACGGGUUGGAGACGGCAUACUGUGCCCAAGUGGGAGGCCCUUAUAGAUCCCCCUCUAUAAAAAUUGUUGACGAGAUCAGGUUCCAAGAGUUACAAGUGCGUGGCAAAAAAUAUAUAGAAAAUUCGACUCACAAAGAAAUGCAAGAGGUCACCAUUGAAUUCUUAGAUGUUGCUGUAUCCAUUAAAAUUUACAUGGAUGGUGCAGGUGUGGAAGAAGGGGAAGGAAAGGGAGAAGGAAAGGAAGGGGAGGAGGAUGGAGGGAGGGUAAGGGAGGAAGGGGGAGAAGAAGGCGAAGAUGAAUAUGAAGACGGGAAUCGUAGAAGUCAGUCGAAGCUUCGAGCAAAGUCAAAUUACUAUCUAGAAUUCGUUGGUUGGAGGAGCUUGGAAUACUACGCGGUAGCUGGACCGGAAAACCCAUUGUAUCGUCUGAUAGUAGGAUAUGCCGUUGAUGAAAUUCCUCGUGCAAUAGUUGAUUAUUUGUACCGGGUGUUAGAUCAAGCGAUUGCUAAGGUAGACAGUUCUGAUUCGUACGCGGCGACUACUGAACAAGAAGAAGGAGCAGUUAGAGCAGGCGUUCCUGAACACAAUAUAGAUAAAGGACAUGACGACGAUGUACAUUAUGAAGACGAUUAUGACUCGUCGGAACGUCUUGCAUGCAAGAAGAAUAAACACAAUUGUAAAAAGAUAAAGAAAAUUCUCAGGAAGAAAAACAAGAAUCGUCUCCGUGCCCAUCGCAGGCAACACCGUUACGCUGUUUAUUUCCCUGUUGAAUCAAGUGAUAAUAAUCCCAGUGACGGUGGUGACUCUAUCCAAGAAAGAAAUGUUCUUGGUGAUCGUGACCAAAGCGGUGACGUUGGUGGCGGUAGCAUAGACAAUGAAAGAGGCCUCGAUGGCAUAGGCAAUGGGGGUGACACAUUUAUAGACGGAAACGUAGAUAAUCAAAACGCGGAAGAUGGCGGUACCAGCUUCAACGACGGGAAUGAAAACAAUGGCCCAGGAAUCUAUACAGAUGACAAUGUAAAUAAUUAUAAACCAAGUGGUGGCACUGGCAUUUAUUCAACCGGAAAUAGAAAUUACGAUGUAAAUAACAUUUUCUCAGAAGGAAACGUAAAUUAUAGCAAUUCAAAUAAAAGGGAUGAUAUGUAUAUAGGUGAAAGUGACAUCAGCGGUGGCGGUAGCGUUAAUAACAUGGGUUACGAAAAUCUUAACUUGCAGAACAAUUAUAGCAAUAACAACAGAAAAAGUAAUAUAUUACCCAACGAAAAGAUCAAGUCAUAAAACCAAACACAAACGAACACAAAUAUUAAAAAAACUGAAUAUAAAACCUUGAAAAAAACUCCAAACUGAAAAUAAUGAUAAUAUUAACAACAUAGGAAUCGAAGCUAUAAUAAUGAGAAUUGCAAUGUGUAUGAAAUGAUGGUGAAAACCACUGAAAAAGAUCCUAAGAAGAAGUUAUAACAACACUAAUAAUAUUUUAUACACACGCAAAUAUUCCAAAUAUCAAGCCACUUUCGCCUUAGAUAUCCUGAAACAUUUCUAAUAAUAAUAAUGCAUUCAGUUAGUACUUGGUGAACGUAAACAUUCCUUUCAAAGUAUCGUAUCUCAAAAUACUUUUGAAUGUUAGAUCUGUGCACCCAUGUAAGCCGUAAAGGCGAUACGAUACGAUAUUAUAAUACCGCAAUUCAUAACAAUCCUUCAAAAAGAUUGUCUACCAAUCUUAACGUCAAUUUUAGUAUGUAUGUAUAUAUGUAUAUAUAUACAUAUUAAAAUAUAAUAUUUCUUAUUAAAAUAAGAAAUAAAUCACAGUAAAAUGUUACAAUUCUGACUGUAUCUUGUUACGCCUUAGUUAUGAAUUUUAUAAAAAAAUGUUAAUCUGGUUUGUGAUUAAAUCAUUACAAAAUCAUAUUUUAAAUGCACCUAAGAGUGCACAAUAGUAUUUUAAUGAACUUUUAUAUAUUAGUCAAGGUCAAAGUCAAAUAAUCAUUUAUUCCAUAAGUAAAAUUUUUAAAAUUGAAAACGUCAUUUUUUAAACUACUGCUCGUUCACCAAGUUG